GAGAGAGAACAACAACAAACUAGUCAACGAAUUUCGCAUCGAAAGUGCAACAAUCUGGCCUUUGAACUUAAUCAAGCGACUUGUAGGGCGCCGACACCUAAGCGUAACGUAGGGACAUAAAUUAGAGAUUAGAUUGUAGAGCAAUUAGCAAAUGAGAUGAGCACACGCCUGGCCACCCAGCGUCAAUUCAUCAUCACGACGAGCGCUGCCGUUGAGGGUGCCACAGUCGAUGCCAGCCAAACAGAUCCCAAGGAACACCACCACCACCAGCAGCAGCAGCAGCAGCAGCAACUUGUGGCCAAAACCACUGGCGAUGUCCUAACAAUUGAGCCAAGAACGCCCGUAACACCGACAGCUCAUGCCGAGGAGUUCGAGUUCUGCACCGAGGAUGGGGUGGUUGUGGCUGCCACACUGGAGGACGUCAUGACACAGAAUUGCCAGCUCCUGCAAAAGAAACUGAGUGACGGCAUUGAGGAUGACGCCACGACGGCCGCUGAUCAGCUGGAGGUCAUACGCGUUGUGCUGCCCAUGGACACCAGCGACUCCAGCCAGGAGGCCCACCUGCAUGCCCACGUCCACGCCGUGAACAGCGUCAGCAGCAGCGAUGCCAACGCAACGGGCCCAACCAACAGCACGACGACCACCAUCCACACUCUGCCUGGCCUCAGCACCAUCAAGAGCGGCGUCGACCUGGCCCAACAAGUGGCCAACGGCCAGUUGACCGUGGUGCAGGCCACCGAGGACGACGAGGGCACGCCAUUCAUUACGGUGACCG